CAGCCAAUCAUUGACUCAUCGACCGCUAAUUUCUUGUCUAGAAAAAAACGACACAACCAAUGCAUUUCUAUUGUCCACAAGGUUCAAUUUUUCCUUCCAUUUAUUUUCAACUUUUAACCAGAAUUAGGGGAUUUCCUGUCUCAAUUGGGUUCUAUAAAUUGGGAGGCUAAUUUUCCUUUUUGGGGCUUUGUUUUUUUUUUUUUGAAAACUUUUGUACUUUUCUUCUUCUCUUCUAUUGUUACAAUGUUAAUCAAGAAAUUGGUGUCUCUUCCUUCUCGUUCAGGACGACAUUUGCAACGUUACAAUGAUGGUUGUCGGCUAGUUGUUGGAUGUAUUCCAUACAGAUUCAGAGAAACCAAAACAUCACCUCCAAUUCAUGGGACCGUAAUUGAAGAAUUGGAAGUUUUAUUGAUUACCUCUCAAAAGAGUCCAAGAAUGAUGUUCCCAAAGGGUGGUUGGGAAAUUGAUGAAGAUAUCAAAUUGGCAGCUACACGAGAGACCAUGGAGGAAGCCGGUGUGGUCGGCACCUUAGGGGAUAAAUUAGGUGAAUGGAUUUUCAAGAGUAGAAGCAGAGAAACAUUUCAUGAGGGCUACAUGUUUCCUAUGCUCGUCACAGAGGAAUUUGAUGUUUGGCCGGAGAAAAAUGUCCGUCAGCGAACAUGGAUGACAGUUAAUGAAGCUCGGGAAGUAUGCGCACAUUCAUGGAUGAAGGAAGCGUUGGAUGCAUUUUGUUCAUCGAUUCAUGCUUCUUCAAAUAAGGAGAAAGAAUUCCUUCUUUAGCAUAGAAUUUCACAAGAGCUCAACAACGAGAAGAGAAGAAGAAAUUGAUUAUUGCUUAGUUAAAAAAUGGAGUAGCCAUCGAGCCAUUUUCGAGGCCGAAAAUGAUUCAUGUAGCGACACUUUCCAAGUAGGAAGUUUAAUGAUGUGGACUUCUCGUGAAGGUAGAGAGAGAAAGAGCCACGAAGAGAGAAAAUAGUGGAGAUGUACAAAUAUUAAUCUUAUUCUUUUAUUCAUUGAAAUUUAUUGCUUUUUCA